CAUUUGUAUAAAUUUAAAUACUUGACCUCGCAGAGCGCGUAUUUACAAUUUGCAAGCUUUUACAUAUAUUUUUGUUAGGAUAUUAAUAACAUAUUUUAUUUUGAUAUGGACGAUAAUUCUGAAAAAAGUUUACAAAUAGACCGUACUUUAGAGGAUGGUGCCUGGUUGGAUUCAUUUGACAAGCUACUAGAGCCAAGACCAAUACUACGCGAAUUAAAUAUUUUGAAACGGGAGGUGCAUGCGUCAUUCAACCGCGACUCAAGUGUGGAAAACAGUACCGGUGGUAAAGCAAAUGAAACAGACAUUUCGAGAACUUCGCGACAUUCUCCAAGCGUAUUGAAUGAAGAUAAAAUUCGCAAAUCCAGCUCAAUUUCCACUCCUUUAGUACAGCACGGGUUGAAAGCUGAUCCGUUCAAGUGUUCGUUAUCGCCAAUUGGCGCAUGGCGACUUCUAUAUUUUGAUAAAGGGAAAAAUGGUGUUAAUGAUGGCAAUACACAUCAAGGUAGAGGGCAUUUAAAAAGCACACCUCUAAAACCGAGAAUUACCGUGGUUGAUUAUGAUGAACCUGUAAAUCAAACGAUUGAUGGGGAAUGUUUAACUUCCACUUUAUGUAGAGACCCUAAACGGACAGGGUGUGGCAAACGCACUACUAAUUCGAGGCACGUUUGUUUUGAGCCAACAAUUGACAAAACAUUAAAUAAUUGUGUAGAGAAGGCAACAACGAAGGCGUCGUUAGAACUCGUAAAUGGCCAACAAAAAGAAGUGAUAGAACAACGCAUUCCUAGUCUUACACUACAGCCAGGAAAAUGGCGAAAAUCGUUUAGUGUAUGGCGACGUAAACAAGUUGACAAACGCCCAAGUUCGUUGAACAACCGAAAAUCAGCAAAUCGCAACAGCUCUGUAGAGUAUAUUGGGAUUGUUGGCACUGUUGCAGGUAACAGAAAAUCGAUAUAUUUAAAGCCUGAACACGUUACGUUUGGAUCCAUUUCUAUACCUGAAAGUGGUGAUGUGUGGGAACGUCGAGUAUUGGAGCGUUGUAAUCAACAAACCCCCUUACCCUUUGAAGAGUUGUAUUCAGCGGAUAAAAUGCCGUAUUGCGUGAAAAUUGGCGAGGGAGCUUAUGGGGAGGUGUUUUUGAAUGCAAUGAGUAAACGAAAGAUGUAUCACGCAAGUAGUACAGUGAUGAAAAUUAUACCUAUUGAGGGCCAGAUUGAAAUUAAUGGCGAGACACAAAAAACGUAUGCGCAAAUCUUGUCCGAAGUGGUGAUCUCAUUGGAAUUGGCAAAUUUACGAAGAGAUGUAGAUUUAAAAAAUGUAACGCCUGGGUUCGUAGAUGUUAAAAAAGUUGCUUGUACCAAAGGACAGUACCCGCAUCAUUUAAUAAAAUUAUGGGAAUCUUUUGAUGAAGAAAAAGGAUCAGAAAACGAUCAUCCAGACAUUUUUGAUGCCACUCAAAUUUAUAUAAUUCUAGAACUGGAGUUUUGCGGUAGAGACUUGCAGAGUUUUCAGUUUCAAAACGCUGAACAAGCAUACUAUGCUCUCCUUCAGGUUGUGUUAACGUUAGCUGUAGCCGAGCAUGCAUAUCAAUUUGAGCAUCGAGAUUUACAUUGGGGAAAUAUUUUAUUAUUGAACACAAGUGCAAGGGAGUUGAAUUUUACAUUGGACAGUCACAUCUAUGUUGUACCUACAAAAGGAGUCAAAGUUACUCUAAUCGACUACACCCUUUCACGUAUGACUGUUGACAAUUGUUGCCAUUAUAACGAUAUUUCUUGUGAUGAAGACCUAUUCACCGCCUCAGGUGACUAUCAAUUUGAAAUAUACCGUAUGAUGCGUGACAUUCUAGAUAAUAACUGGCAAACCUUUGAGCCGCGCACUAACGUAUUUUGGAUUUCUUACAUCAUCGCAAAGUUGAUUGACGGAGUUCAGUAUAAAAAUAAGCGUACUAAAACACAUACAACAUACUAUGCCAAACUGAAGAAUCUUAUGGGAAUCGUUUUGGAUUUUAAUAGCGCCAUUGAAUGUGCGAAAUAUUUAAUGAACUAGGUCUAGUAAAUUAUAUACAUAUACUUUUUUCUAUUGUUAUAUUUGACUAUUAAAAUGUUUGUAAUCCAUUUUAAUAUCCACUGAGCUGCGUCCAAGCCAUACACUCUAUAUAUUUGAUAAUGAUUGCAGGAGCAAUUUCAGCCUUUGUAAGACCAUUUUUUUUAUUUCCUAUGACGAAUUUUGUUUCUUGAUGGCAUACUUUAAAGCUAGCUGGCAACAAUAAUAAGAUAUUUAAAUACACAUUUUUUUACCUUUUUAGUAUUGCUACGAAACAGUAUUAUUUUUUUUUUCGAUUUAUCUGAAGUUAAAUGAAAAGUAUUUGUAAAGUUUUUUCAAGCAAAAACUCCAUCAUGACUACAUUCACACACAUAUAUAAGCAAAUGAUCAAGAAAGCUUAAACUAUGACCGUUUAAUAGAGUUAAACUAUGCAAUAUAAUAAACCUCAUUUUGAAUUUGAAUGAAUUACGAUGUGCCAAAGUAACCUUUGUUUUAGAAACAAUGAGUUUGUCUCUUUUAAAUUCAAAUUGGAUUUUUCACAAGAAUUAGUAUGUGAUGAGAAGUAAAACAAAAUGAGAGAAAUGGCAAAAUGCUCGAGGCAAUAUUUUUGGGACAUAAGCGACUUAGCGCUCAAACGACAAUUUAGACAAAAAAAUUAGAAUGAUUUUUCGGACAGUCGAUACUGAUUGCAUUUCGCCCUUAAUUUUUAUUUUUAUUACAUUUAUCAUAAAUCAAUAAAACUUCUACUCAAUACAUAUGUAUAACCAUAUUAAAUGAACUCGCUUUGUAGAUUUACACAAAAUUUCUUUUGUUAAUGGCUCUGUUCAGUGGAUGCUAAUUUUAUUUAUGACAUUUGAAGUUUUACAUUUUAUUAUAUAACUUUUGUAUACAUUUUGUGCAUGCUAUUUUUAUUUUUUAGUUAGCAAUA